AUUAAUAUUUCCAUGAUGUCAGUAUUUGAAAACCCCAAUGUUAACAUUGUUUAUUUUUCUCCGUUUCUCUUUACAGAAGGCGACAAAGGAUCCUGGGAGGCUGGUCUAUCGUACGAGUGCCGAUCACUGUUGUUCAAAGCGCUUCAUAAUGUUAUCGAACGAUGUCUACUCUCGCGGGAUGUCGUUCGCUUGGGCAGGUGGUUCGUCCAACCGAGCUCCAACAGCGAGCGAGUAUUCGGCAAAAGCUCUCUCCAUCUGUCGUUUUCCUUCGCGUUCUUCGUACAUGGCGACAGUACGGUGUGUGCCUCGAUGGACAUCCGGGAGCAUCCUCCGGUGCGACCGUUGAUGAUCAAACACCUCGAGGAAGCCCUAGCUCAGCAGGGAAACGGGGGAACCACCAACUCCGCCACCAGUGGCAGCAACAACAGCAGCAACAACAACAACACCAACAGUGGCAACAACUGCAGUAGCCAAACGGGCAGCUCCGGUGAAGUGAAGCCUCGGUCGGUAAUAUUGGCUCCCUUUGGACUCGCCGCAACGCUCACUGGCCAGAGCUACAAGGCCAGCGAUCCUCAGACCCAGAAGGUGCUCGAUGACUGGAGUGCGUUCUAUCCGAUCUCGAACAAGAAUAUGCACCUUUCGGAGAGUGCCGACACGGUGCCGCCCAUUGUGGAAAUUAUGACCGGCGGUGUCAAAAUGCGCUAUCCGUCCAAGUAUGUGCUGGUGACCGAUAUCGACGAUUGGUCGCCACCGUCCAGCAACGGUUCCCAAACGACGGUAGCCAAGUCGUCCUCCCCUCAAUCGGCAGCUUCGCUCACGGCAGCCGUUUCCAAUGCACUGGGUGCUCCCAGCGGUGAAUUUACUCCGAACAAUAGCAAACAACAACCACUCCCGGAACUGGUCAACAGUAAAGCGGCCAUGAACCCACCGCUAACGGUACCGGAAUCACCCUUAAACGAUCUCGGCAACCAAAACAGCAUGUCAUCGGCGCUCAUCAACAACUCCCCGGCCGUUCUGCUACCGGAACGCGUCUGGCAGGAUUGCAUCAUGCAUGCCACCCCGACGAUUCCACCGCCCCAGCAGUCACCCUUGGACGAGGGAGUCGGUGGGGGUGGGGCUACCAUCAAAACCGAACCCUCCUCGAAUGCAUCCUCAACGCCGACGUCCUCGUCGUCGUCCGGCUCUUCAUCUGGUAGCAGUAGCAACAAUGAGAACAACUCGUCGAUGGUAACGGCCGCAGCCCUGGUCGAUGCCAAUGCCAACUCCGUGUGGGAAAUUACCGAUCCCACCGUCAAGGUGCCCUGUUCCUGCAUCAAGUGUAGAAAGCCGACAUCCACCGGAACGGCUGCAGCAAGCGGUUCUGCCGGUUCCCGGAGCAGCAUCCAAGGGCAACAGCUCACCCUGUCCGGAUCCACUUCCGGCCGUGAUCCGACCAAUGUGGGCUGUCCACCGUCCUCAUCUUCGUCGACAUCCGGCAAGACCAGUUCCGGCAAGCAACCGCGACCGCACCGGAUACCGUUUCAUAAGCGGCCACCCCUUUCGCAGCAGUUCCCGUUCUGCCGGUCGACGGCAGCAGUGGCGGCAGCUGGGACCUCGUCAUUCAUACCUUCGUCGUCGUCUUCGUCUUCGGGAGUUUCCCCACCCGGCGAUAGUCCCGAAUAUCUCGAGUCGGCCCAAAGGUCUAACCAGAAUUGCGGUGCCGGUGGUAGUACGCCGUACGGUGGCCCUCCGUCUUACUGUCGAAACCCACUCUCGAUUGGCGACUCACAUCCUCUACCUUCGGAGGGAUCUCCGGCUAGUGCAGCCCCUUCGCCGAUGCAACCUUCGUCAGUAUCGCAACCAAUGUCGGUUCCAUCCGGCGACCAGUUGAUAACCAUGUCUCCGCAUCCACCGGCGUCGAACAACCCACGGAGUGUUCAGCCAGGAACGCCCACAUGUCUGGACCACCUGGACAAGAACACUCCAGCCCCUACGCCUACCGAUCAGCACGACAGCAAAAGUAUUACCGCUUCGCCGUACCACACCCCGUCGCAUCCGGGUGGUGUUCUCAGCGUAGAAGCACCUUCCUCGCAGCAACCCCAGCAAGGCCCGGGGCAAAGCUCGCAGCAACAACAGCAGCAGCAGGGCCAGCAGCAGCAACAGCAAUCACAACAACCAUCACAGUUGAUAGGAACCAAUCUGAGCAGUACAAGUAGCAGCAGUAGCGGUGGAACAACCAAUAGUAGUCCAGGCAAUUUACCCAGUGGCGGCAACGGAAUGCUCGGAAUGAAAAUCAAAUCUGAUAGCGCGUUGUUCGGAGAGGGUGGUGGGUUGAUACUUGGUGCUAGUCCAAGUAUAUACAGUAGUUUGAACCCAAUCAUCAACCAGAACCAGGUUUCCAAACGUGAGGCCAUGCUGCAAAUCCUGCAGUCACUUAAGAGGCCUUCCCUGUCAUCAAGGGAUUAUGAGGGUAUGGUAGGAGAGGAAUGUCCCAGUACAUCGCAAGUCUUGUAUGACUAUUC